GUGUCCUAGGGCUCUUUCUACUUCCGGGAAAAUGGCGGCGGCCUGGAGAACAGCUUUGGCGGGGGUUGCCCGAGGUUUAGGGAGGCGCAGGGUGCCUGUGCUGGGUGCCCUCCGAAGCCGCAGGUGCGGGAUGGGCCGCGGUCUUGCCACUGCCGCUCUGGCAGGAGGUUGCACGUUGGUGGGCUGUCUCAAAGGAUGGAGCGGCCAGGAGGGGACCGGCGGCAUCUUGACCGUCCUGGCUCAGAAGGAAGACAGUGUAGAUGAAGAGAUGGCAGAAAAGCUCUCAAUUCGAAAGAAACGUUUUAUGCAGUUUGCUUCCUUGGAAUAUGAAGGCGAAUAUUACAUGACACCAAGGGACUUCCUGUAUUCAGUGAUGUUUGACAAAUCUGGACGUAAAACUUUAGCCAAGAAACUGACAAAAAAGGAGGUAGAUUCUGCACUUUCAAACGUUGCAAAGACUAAACCAGGGCCAACUUUUUUUAGAGACCUCGGAGAUAAAGGAUUGAUCUCCUAUACAGAGUACCUGUUUUUGCUGACAAUACUCACAAAACCGCAGACUGGAUUUCAUAUUGCUUUUAAAAUGUUGGAUGCAGAUGGGAAUGGACAUUUAGAGAAAAAGGAAUUUUUUAAGCUGCAGAAAAUAAUUGGGAAGCAAGAUGAGUUUAAAACAGCUUUAAGAGAUGAAACACCAGCUCAGGAGCCAGAAUCAGAAGAUCCUGAUAUUCAUACCAUGUUGCUGGUCCACUUCUUUGGAAGAGAAGGAAAAAAGAAGAUUCAUUACUGCGAAUUUCACAGAUUUGUGCAGGAUCUACAAACCGAGGUACAAGAGAUGGAAUUCAUUCAGUUUUCCAAAGGUCUAGCCUGGAUGAGAAAAGAGGAUUUUGUAGAGUGGUUGCUGUAUUUUACUGAGGAAGAAAACAAUGACAUUUACUGGCAAAAUGUGAAAGAAAGAAUCCCAGCAGGAGAGAGUAUCAGUAUGGAGGAAUUUAAGACUUUCUGCCAGUUUACAAACCGCCUAGAAGACUUUUCAAUUGCGCUGAAAAUGUUUACUGUAGCCAGCCGUCCUGUUAAACGAGCUGAGUUCAAGAGAGCCGUGAAAGUGGCAACAGGACAGGAACUCUCAGACAAUGUUUUGGACACCAUCUUCAAGAUCUUUGAUUUAGAUGGAGACAAUUGCCUCAGCCAUGCUGAAUUCCUUGGAGUUCUAAAGAACAGGAUGCAUCGAGGCUUAAGGGUGCCUCAACAGCAAGGAGUCCAAGGUUACUGGAAAUGUGUGAAAAGGGAGAGCAUUAAAGGAGCAAAAGAAGUCUGGAAACAAACUGGGAAAAGCCCCUUUUAAACAUAUCAAAAAGAACAUCAUUUUACAGCUAUGAACGUCUGGGUGUGGUUUUUUGUGUGUAUUUUUGUUUACAUGCUGGCUGUAUUAGAUACAAUAGAAUAACUUUACACAGUUGAGUAUGGAAUGAAUUUAUUUUCUCUACAGUAUUUAUCCAUAUAAUCGGGUUUGCUCAGGGACUAUUAUUUUCAGCUUUCCUAAUGUGUUCUAACUGCAGAUAGUAUCUAUUUCUGAGAACUUCAUUGCUAUCCAAAUUCCUGUAUUGAUGAGUCUGCCUGGAAUUUAGUAGAAAUUGCUAGUUUUGAAUAUAAUCCAUAAAGAAGGCAGUUCCCGUUAACAGUGCAGAAAGACUUAGAAGACUUUGUUUUAAGAAUGGAGAGAAGAAGAGCAUGAAACCCGCAACUCCAGAGUAAAUUUAAUUAGGCCAAAAUCAUUUUGGAAUUAUAAUCCUCAAAUCACUAAUUAGUGGCCUCACAGAUUUCACUAGCUCUGAAUAAGUGCAGGAUUGAACUCCAGUGUAGUGAAUAAAAAGUUGGUGCUCAAAAGCUACUUCUAGGAUGCAGUCCUUUGUGGAUAUUGAAAUAUAUGCCCAAGAAAGCAUGUUUUGAUGUUAAUUAUAUUCUUUGUAUAUUCCUGUAUAUUUUUUCUUGUAAUUUAUACAAAUGUAUUUUUGUCUAUUCUGUUUGCAGUAGGUUUUACAUCUCCCACUCCAUGCUGGAAAUACGAAAUUGUUUACGUAAAGUGGAAGCCUGUUAACUGGUAUAAAUGUGUAUAGACAAAAGCUGUAUUCACUUGACAAAUAUUGCUGUGGGGGGGGUCUCUUUUGGCUUAUAUAAAUGAAAUAACUUCUGACCUUGCUUUCCACUAAGCUUCUAACCUGCAACCGCUUUUUCUCUGUUUGUUUGCUGCUAUGUUAUUUUAGAGAGCCAGUGUGGUGUAGUGGUUAAGGUGCUGGACUACGACCUGGGAGAUCAGGGUUCGAGUCCCCACACAGCCAUGAAGCUCACUGGGUGACCUUGGGCCAGUCACUGCCUCUCAGCCUCAGAGGAAGGCAAUGGCAAACCCCCCCUGAAUACUGCUUACCAUGAAAACCCUAUUCAUAGGGUCGCCGUAAGUCAGAAUCGACUUGAAGGCAGUCCAUUUCACUUUUUUUCAGUUUUAUUUUUUGCACAGCAAUGAGGGUUUGGUUAUCUCAGGAGAAGGGUAUCCAGAGAAAAGAGGUUAAAAAUAGCAUAUUGGAAGAGGGGGUUACUUCAGUAUAACUGAGAAACCAAUCUGAGAAACCAAGCCAAGCUAUAAUUUAGACAUUGACAGCCUUGGAGUUAAAUCCAGUCUACUGAGAACAGGACCAUUGCCAGAUUUGAGGCAAGGAGUCCUCUAAGCCUCUACUACUGUGAUCUCCUCUCCCCACCUCAAAACGAAGAUGAUGUUGGCUGUAUCCACUUCACUUGGUGCUUUCAUUGCCAGGUUGAUCACAGCCCCCUCAUCCCUGGUAAGCUGACCAGAUGGUGGGCACGGACAGACAGCAGCACUGAGCCUGAUAGUGGGAAGCAUUGGGUGAAGCAGCUGCAGGAGCCGCCACCAUUGUCAUUACUCCAGAAUGGCUUUUGGGCUCUGAUAAUAAAGAUAGUAGCAGCUCUUGACACUUCUCUGCUGAGCACUGGGCCAGAACAAAGAGGGGACAGCAUCAGGGGCCAUGGUCCCAGCAUUUGCACCAUCAUGCUGGGUGCUGAUUCUGGGCCUGGCUGGGGAGUAUUGCACAGCCGAGAAGAGGGAGAAAGUUGUAUUGUGCUUGUGGCAAUGGGGCUUGAUUGCUGGCAGUAAAGUUUGGGAUAUGGAGGAGCCUAGCCUCUUAUUCCCCAUGUCCUCUUCAUAGUAGCCUUCAUGUAAAAUUUGUUGCUGACCAGGGCUGUAAGCCAUGAAAUAAGGAAUCUGAUUAAGGCCAACAUUUAGGAGCUACCUUUAAACACUGAUUUAUUUGUGUGUUGUCUCCAACACUGUAUGCACAGAGUUCUAUUCACAAGUCUAAGCUUCCUCUCCUCUCCCUGCACACCCUCAAAAUCAGCUUCAGACAGUCCUCCAACCCUCUCUAGCAGAUUCUGAGGGAGAAGGAGGGGAAAGUUCUGUUGCACAAGUGGAAGUCUGCUGCACGAACGGAGCAGCAGCAUUGGAUACACCCCUAAAUGUGUUCAUGCUGUAUGUAUAAAUUAUAUGCAUAUAACGUUCUUGUGUAUAACGUAGGGGGAUAGUACGUUUUAUUUCCACUAGAAUUUCAGUGGCUUGAACAAGAUCCUUGGGCUAUUCCAUGAAAAAAGAAAUUAAUCUUUAUUUAUAUAAACCCCCAUUAGUUAACUCCUUCUGCCUGUUCACUAGAGCAGAAACUUUAGGUUUCAAACCUAGCUGUCUUCAGAAGGAGAUUUGGUCCCUGUUAAACCCAACUUGGAGCACCUCAGGCACUCACUAAAAGCUAUAAACAAGAGCAAGAUGGUGACUGCAUGAUCUUCAGGUGUGUAUGUUCAUGCUGGAAAUGUUAUACUUUUGCUAUAACCCACCCUGUGGAAUGAUAACAAUAGGUUUAAAUCAGAAACUAUAUAAAAUUUCAGCUGCAUACCAUUCUGUCCCUGAGGAACAAGAGCCAGCCAAAAGGAACAGCUUUGUGAUACUUCCAGAAGAUCAGGGGCUAACUACUUCUAACUAUGUCUUGAUACCUUUUUUUUGUCUACUUUGGAAGGAGGCAAUUUAGAGCAGAAAACUGACAAGUCAGGAGGGUGCUUAACCAUUACUUUUGUUCAUCAUUUCUCUGUUACAAAUCACCCCCUACCUAGUGGAUUCUCCCCAUCACUGCAAUUUAAAACGCAGCUUGCAGACUUCACCAAAGAUAGCUGGAGUUUCUGGGUAACCAGGUUUUAAAGCAUCAAGUCCAGGAGCCCCAAAGCAAUCUGUUAGUCACCAUCUUACCUUUUGUUCUUUACUUAUGUGUGCAUCCAAGCAUUUGAAAAUCUGGCAGACAGUUCCUGGUUGACUUAAAUUCCAAAAGGUACCCUUUUUGUUAGGCACAAAUAGAAGCCAUAUGUUUCAAACUUAUUAGUAUUGCUUAGGUCUAGAAAUGUUGCAUAAAUUCACUUGCAAAGUUAGCUUAAUAAAAGGGAUUGCUGAACUUAUAUCCACAGAGUGCUUCUCAGAGUUCAGUGUUUUAUACUUCUUGAUGUCAGACUCUAGGGAGAGUGGUGCACUGCAAAAGUUGGUUUAUGCCCAGCUACCUUGUAGCCACUACAUGAUCCUAAUGUGUCAGAUACAGAGAAGAAAUUACUGAUCUCCUGUGCCUUUGAAUUAGAAAAUGAUAACGUUCUGUAUCUUUUGGUCAUAGUGCUGCAUUUGUUACCUGGAGAACUCUGCUGGGACUUUUCAAAGAUCUGAACUCUGUAAUACUUUACUUCCUUCAAACUGUGCCAAGAUUAUGGGAGUCUUAAACAAAAAAUGUUUAGCUCCAUGUUAAAAUGCACAAUGGUAAUAUUUGCUUGAUUUUUGAUGGACCAUACAGGCCUUGACAGAAAAAGUCCUGGAAGGCUAGGUAGUUGGUCUGGAUGGUAUGGUAAAUCUGGAUGGAUUUACCAUAUCAAGAAAUAAGUAGGAUGUCUAAAACAGCAAUUCUGUGCCUACUUAUUUGGGAGUAAAUGAAAUUAAACUCAUUGGGACAGGCUUUUGAAUAAACAUGCUUAAUAUCAUGAUACAAGAGCAUAAGUGAGUACCUCAUCCUAACACCUCAAUGGAUUUUGGUGCUACUGUAAUAUCUGUUUAUUCCAAGGAAAAAUAUCUAGUGAAAACCUGUGCUGAUUCAAAGGCAAGCUGGUAAUCUCAGGGGAAGAGGAUGAUGAAAAUUAUGUCUAUUAGACAAAUGGUGCCAAUUUCAGCCUUUCAGUCAAUUUGCUAAUAAAUACAUAUUGUGGUGGAUUCCUCAGUUUAUACAACUAAAUGUAUUAAUCUUAGAACACCAACAAUAAUUGUAUUAAUGUAACACACCCCCAAUUGCUCUGUAUUUCCCAAGACUCCAUCAAUUAACCCUAUUCAUUUUAUGCUGUCAACAAAAUGCAGGUUUUAGUACAAUUUACCUAUAGUUCUGGCUUUAUUUAUAAUUGUAAGGACUAUAUGCUUUCUUACAUCAUGUUGGAUAUUCACAUUUUGAAAAACUUCCUUAUGAUUUGUGCUUUCUUUAUUUACUAAUA